AUUCCAUCAUAUAACAUACAUACAAAUGUGAUUAAAACUAUGGCUUAUUAUUAUACUUGCAAUUUUCCUGAUAUAUACUCUUGGAUUCACAACUUACCACCAAUUUCUAAAUGGAAAACAGACUCUAUUUCAAUUUGCAUUUCUCCUUCAUGUUCAUCUCAACCUUCCCUCAAACUCUCCAUAGCUAAAAAUUACCAUUUUUCCAUUGUCGCGGAUUAUAAUCUUCCUAUUUCCCUAUGGACUUCAAAACCGUUAAGAAUCAAACACAAUACAACAAAAUUAUUAGACGACGAAUCAGUAUUCAAUCUCUUGAUCAAUAUCGUCCAUGAUGUCCUGAACUAUGGUCCGAAUAAAAAUUAUAACUCGUUGUUCCUCAAGAUCCCACGAAUGGAUUUUAACAAUUCCGAUUUUAAGGAAAUUUUCAAUUUCUCAUUUCUUACUUUGGUUUUCAUAAUUUGUAUCUAUGAAGCCCCUGCUGAUCUUAGGUCCACAUGUAUUAUUGCCCUGAAGAAUCAAUUUUCAUGUCCGCAAUCUAGACAAGCAUCAAAAUUGCUCGUGAGGUUUUUGGGAUCGAAUAUUGAAGAGCAGUGGAUGCGUUCAGUAAAUCUAGCGAUAACUAAUUGGAUCCUGGAAAUACAUUCUUCUUCUAAUCAUCAUGAUCAUGCGAUGAAAACGCCAUGUCCAUUGUUUUCAUACUCAUUUUCGACACAGGGGCUAUGGAAAGUUCAGCUGUAUUGCCCUGUUAUUGCAAUGGAGGCCGAAACAUCUACUUGUAGUAGUUUAUCUGAUGAAAGUUUGAGGUUUUCUCUCAACUUUCAUCAGCUUGAAGGAGUGAUCCAAUUAAAUCAUAGAGUUAUUGUUCGAGAAAAGUGGAUUGAAGUAAUGGUGAACACCGAUAACAUUAGGUGUGAUGUUGUUAGGCUAGUGAAUGAAUCACUAAUGGCAGAGAGAGGAGCAGGGGUAUCAGAGAAGCAUUUCCCUUCAAGAAUCUCAUUGCAACUAACUCCAACACUUCAAUCCAAUGUGUUGAGUAUAUCAGUAAACAAGUCCUCUGACAAUCCCUUAAGAGAAAUUGGCACCGAAAAGACCAUUGAAGCGGGAUUCGAUCCACCAAACACUUACAUAGGCUUAAAAGUCUCCGCGGGAGAGACAGUUGUUACGACCAUGAAGCCAUGGAAAUUUGAGCAAUCAGUUAAUGGAGAUGGUGCAAAUUUGAAUUGGUUUCUUCAUGAUAGUGGAAAUGGAAGAGAGGUAUUUUCGUCGAAGCCUUCUGUUUUUUCAUUAAUUCAGCCAAAAGCUUGGUUCAAGAACAGAUAUUCAAGUGUUAAUAGGCCUUUUACUAAGCAAGGAGGGGUAAUUUUUGCUGGAGAUGAAUAUGGGGAAAGUGUGUGUUGGAAAGUGGAUAAAAGGGCUAUAGGGAAAACAAUGGAAUGGGAAUUGAAAGGGAGACUUUGGUUAACAUAUUGGCCAAAUAAACAUAUAACUCCUUAUGCUGAGACUAGAAGAUUGGAAUUUAGAGAAGUGCUUCAUCUCAACCUUGCAUAGUUA